AUGAUAACGCAAAAUCAUAAGCGGGAUUUUGGAGUAACAGUAAAUAAGCAUAUUGUCUCAGUGAUUUGGUUUCUGGGUAAUUUGGUCGCUUUGCAAGUCACGUUUGGGGUUCAGAUUCUUUCAAAGUCAAAGCUCGAGAAAUGCCAGAAGAAUUCAACCUCCGACAACCUCAAUUGCAACAAAAAGAUUGUUCUUAACUUGGCUGUUCCAAGUGGCUCGAGUGGUGGAGAGGCCUCAAUUGUUGCUGAAAUAGUGGAAGUGGAAGAGAAUUCGACACAAAAGAUGCAAACUUUGAGAAUUCCACCGGUUUUGACGGUCAACAAAUGCGCUUAUGCCCUUUAUGAGCUUACAUAUAUUCGAGACGUGUCAUAUAAACCGGAAGAGUAUUACGUUAAGACACGCAAAUGUGAGCCAGAAGCUAGUGCAAAAGUUGUGAAGAUAUGUGAGAGGUUGCGAGAUGAAAAUGGUCACAUUAUGGAGCACACUGAGCCAAUCUGUUGCCCUUGUGGGCCCCAAAGGCGUAUGCCUUCAUCGUGUGGAAGUGUUUUUGAUAAGUGGAUGAAGGGGAAGCCUAACACUGCACACUGUCUCCGUUUCCCAGGUGAUUGGUUCCAUGUUUUCAGUAUUGGACAGAGAUCUCUGGGAUUCAGUGUCAAGAUCCAGGUGAAGACAGGAUCUGAAAUUUCGGAAGUGUUUGUGGGUCCUGAAAAUAGGACAGUAGCAUCAAAUGAUAAUUUCCUAAGAGUUAAUCUGAUUGGAGAUUUUGUUGGUUAUACCAAUAUACCAUCAUUCGAAGAUUUCUACCUUGUGAUACCAAGACAAAGAUUGAGCUGCAUUCUCAAAUCUGAUCCAGGCAUUAUAAAAUCAGAUGAUAUAUUUUUAGGAGGGAACUUUUCAAUGUGGAUGCUGCUUGAGAGACUAAGAUUUACCUUAGAUGGGACAGAAUGUAACAAAAUUGGUGUUGGUUAUGAGGCUUUUAAUGACCAGCCAAACUUCUGCUCUUCGCCCUUUUUGAGUUGCCUUCAUAAUCAGCUGUGGAAUUUCUGGGAGGCUGACCAGAACAGAAUUAGAAGAAAGCAGCUGCCACUAUAUGGUGUCCAAGGAAGGUUUGAAAGGAUAAACCAGCAUCCAAAUGCAGGGACUCGUUCCUUUUCCAUAGGUGUUACUGAAGUUCUGAAUACAAAUCUCUUGAUAGAACUAAGUGCUGACGAUGUAGAAUAUGUUUAUCAAAGGAGCCCUGGGAAGAUUUUAAGCAUUAACAUUCCAACAUUUGAAGCCCUUUCUCAAUUUGGGGUUGCUACAAUAAAAACGAUGAAUACUGGGGAAGUGGAAGCAUCGUAUGGGUUAACGUUUGAUUGCUCCAAAGAUGUUACGCUUAUGGAGGAACAAUUCUUUAUUAUGAAGCCUAAAGAAGAGAUAAUCAGAUCAUUUAAGCUCUACCCAGCAACUGAUCAAGCUGCAAACUAUGUAUGUGCAGCUAUACUUAAGGACUCUGAUUAUAAUGAGGUGGAUAGAGCCGAGUGCCAAUUUGCUACAACUUCAACUGUCCUUGACAAUGGAACACAGAAUACUCCAUUUCAUCCACCAAAGAAAGGCAUAAGUGGUUUCUUUGAGACUAUAGCAAGCAUUUGGAAUGAUGUGUGGAGAGGAUUGACAGCCUUCAUUACUGGAAAAAUUUGCAGAAGAAAAUGCUAUGGAUUUUUUGACUUCAAAUGCCACAUCCAAUAUAUAUGCAUGAGUUGGAUAGUGAUGUUUGGUCUGUUUUUGGCAAUCUUUCCAACAGUGAUUGUUCUACUAUGGCUUUUACACCAGAAGGGACUCUUUGAUCCUAUUUAUGAUUGGUGGGAAAAUCAUUGUUGGACUGAUGACGACGGUAUUCGGGAUAUUCGAAGGCAUGGAACUCAUAUCAACCACCACCAUCACCACCACAUUCAUGUCAACAAACACAGUCAGAAGCAUGGAACAAGGCAUCAUCACAAGUCCGGCAAUCAUCAUAGGAGAAAAAGCAUCCGCAAUGAUCACAGGCACAACCAUUCUGAGAGGGAAGCUGAUUAUGAUUACUAUCUCCAUCAUGUUCACAAGGCGAAACUCAAGCAGGGGCGCGUUUGAAAUACACGUGUCAUGCAGAAUUUGGUUGACAAUGUAGGCCAGAACAAGCAGAGAAAGGACAGAGAAACGGAUAUAAUACUGAAGAAGUAGCUUUUUUCCCCCUCGAAUAUUCAAAUUAAAAUAGAAAAACACAUGUAUUAUAUCAUUUACAAUGACUGUUACAAGUAAAUCUUCAUUUUGACAAAUUUGUGUUGUAUGCCUCAGAGCUUAGAGUGCCAUGAAUCUACAUUUUUCUGCGACUAAUUUUGGUUGAGAAAACAAAACUGUCAAAUCUGAUCGGGGGCAAAACUAUAGGUCGGUCUUUGCUUUAGGAGUGACCAGGAAAAACCGCUCUCUUUGUACAUUGUCCGAAUAGUAUUGUCGACUAUUUUUGCAGCUUGAGAGUGAACUCCGUCGUGGUUAUCAUGGGGUAGUCUUUUUUCUC